AAUAAUUCUGACUUUUUCAAGAGUCUUGAAGUGCUUGAAGUGGAGUUCGGCUUCGCGAGGAAAUUCCGCUCAGUUUCCAUCGGAGCGCGAACCUAAAUUCACGUCGUGACGGAGAUUUGUGGCGUGGCCGUCUAGAACCAUUGUGGUGUGUUGGAGCAAGAAGAAAGAAGAGCUGUGACUUUUUCACAGAGUUGUCAUUGAACUGUGUGGUGUGGUGCAAUUGAUAAAGUUGGAACAGUUGUUGAGGCGAAAUCUCUCGCACUCUCCGUAAUCCGAAACUGGUCACUGUCCGGUUGCUCUCUAAUCGCGUCCAGGGGCUAUCAGUCAGAGGAAGAGCCUCCGUCUGAGAGGUUCCGCAAUCCGGAACGUACUCGGAAGAUUGUUUCCUGGGGAGUGAUUCGCGCUUUUGAGACGAAAUUUGAGUUAGGUUUCGAGUUUGACAGCUGGUUGAUAGUGCACUUCCUCCUUCCGGAGGUGGAAUAGGUUCCGGACGAGGGGGAAUACCCCCGCGAUCGUCGUCGUAAUCCGUCAGACCAUCGACGUUAAGUGCAAAUAUAUGGCUCCUCACACUUAAAUUGCAGUGUAAAGUGCGGUGUUUUAUCAUAAAUUGAAUAAGAAUCUUGUACUCCGGGAUCGACGGAGUGAGGGCGGUGGCCACGACGGUGUCGGGAACGGGUACUGCUACUUUUAUGACCCACCCCGGAGCACAACUCUCGUAACAGUAUCGCACCGCGGCGGCCCUUCGGAGGAGGAGGCAACCAGCAAGGCAUAAAAAUAGAGUGAAACCACACCAACAGCAGUAGCAACAGCCAGCAGCAGAAUUGAAUCGGAACGAAAUAAUUUCUCCAAACCAACAGAAAAAAUACCCCCAACACACAGCGCAAGAGCGCUUGAAGAACCUCGGGACUCGAGAAUUACGGUUCCAGUUAUAUCAACACACACACGCGUGCACGUGGUCGAAACCUCGUUCCCCCUCCGGGGCGUGCCCCAGCCAUCAGAAAGAGGUUACCCGAACCACUCCGAAAGCGUCGAGAGUCAAUCCAAGUGAAGCCGGGAGUAGUGCUAAUAGAUUUACCACGAUACUUGGAAGAAUCUCCGCAGUUCGGGUCGGUCUUCACGCCGAUUAGAACACCCGUUAGUCGCAUUUACUAAACCGGUGGUGGCGUGUUGGAAAUUGGAUCUUCGGUGGAUUUUUUUUUUGGGAUUUGUUGGGCGGAUUCCGGUCAACAAACGUGACGGGUCAGGUCGGAGGGCCAGAUGGAGCUGCUGGUAGACAAGCUAGUGCAAGACGAUCAGCUUUGGAGUAGUAGUUGGAGCGGGGUUCAGCCGAAUCAAAGUGGAAGUUUAGUAAUUUAAAGGUCAACAGUAAUUGCGCGCGCACACACACAUAUCGAGAGAAGAUACUUAAAAGUCAAAUUUUUAAACACAAACAAAAAAAAAUACCAAAGAAGAAACAGAGACUGACUGACUGACCUGGCCUUGAUGCGAUGCGGCUCGUGAUGCGCAACCGGAAGAUCGUGCUGGGCGUUGCGGGGGCCGCGAUCCUGCUGUUGAUGGUGUUCUUCAAGGGCACGGAGUUGGGGGCGCGAUGUCUCGCCAACGGUGGCGGAUCGGUGGGGGAAAUGGUGCGGGGCGAAACGGGAUCCGGCGGGGAGGAUGAUGGGCAUGGGUUGGGAGGAAGUUACAAGUACCACCGGAACAUGCCGCUGAUCUUCAUCGGGGGUGUGCCGCGAUCGGGCACGACGCUGAUGAGGGCGAUGCUGGACGCGCACCCGGAUGUGAGAUGUGGCCAGGAGACGCGCGUCAUCCCGCGCAUCCUGCAGCUGCGCUCGCACUGGAUGAAGUCGGAGAAGGAGUCGGUGCGGCUGGUCGAGGCCGGCAUCACGAAGGAGGUGCUCAACAGUGCGAUCGCGCAGUUCUGUCUGGAGAUCAUCGCCAAGCAUGGGGAUCCGGCGCCGCGGCUCUGCAACAAAGAUCCGCUCACGCUCAAGAUGGGCUCGUACGUGAUCGAGCUGUUUCCGGAGGCCAAGUUCCUGUUCAUGGUGCGGGAUGGGCGAGCCACCGUGCACUCGAUCAUCUCGCGCAAGGUCACCAUCACCGGGUUCGACCUGUCCAACUACCGGCAGUGCAUGACCAAGUGGAACCAGGCGAUCCAAACGAUGCACGAUCAGUGCAAGGAGAUCGGCAAGGAUCGCUGCAUGAUGGUGUACUACGAGCAGCUGGUGCUCCAUCCGGAGGAGUGGAUGCGGAAGAUCCUGCAGUUCCUGGACAUCCCGUGGAACGACUCUGUGCUGCACCACGAAGAGUUUAUCAACAAGGAGAACGGUGUGGCGUUGUCCAAGGUGGAACGCUCCUCUGACCAGGUGAUAAAGCCGGUCAACCUGGAGGCGAUGUCCAAGUGGGUCGGCCACAUCCCGGAGGACGUCGUGCGGGACAUGGCGGACGUGGCGCCGAUGCUGUCCGUGCUCGGGUACGACCCGUACGCGAACCCGCCCGACUACGGCAAGCCGGACACGUACGUGCAGGAGAAUACGUACAAGGUUCGCGCCAACCCGCAGAUGUGGGAGCACAAGGUCAAUCAGCUACUUAAUCGGGACGGAAACCCACCGAAUCGGGACGGCAACGGCAACAACAACAAUAACAACAACAACAACAACGAGGACGAGGACGACUAUGGCAAUAAUAAGGAACGUAAAACGUGAUAUUAGAGAAUUUAGCUUUUUAUUCCUGAAAGGACGGGGGGCGAAAGUUGAACCGGAACCGGAAACACAAAACACAAAAGUGGUGAAUUUUCAUCAUUUUUUAACAAUUCGAUAGGCAAGUACAUAUUGAGGGAGGGAGUCCAAAAAAGAAAAAAAAACAAGUCGUGUUGUUUUAAAGCACAAAUUCGUAUAGUAAAAUGAAAGGAACUUAAAGAAACUUAAUGAAAACGGAAGCAAGCUUGCUGGCUGGCUGGCUGCUGGAGCGGAAGAAGAAGAAGUUGAUCAAAUCAAAUGCCUGCGCUGUGUUGUUUAGUAGAAGUGAAACCGUGAGAAUAAAAGAGAGCUUCGAUUUUUUUCGCUGUAAGUAACGUUCACCGUGUAAUAAUCGUGUAAGAAUCGAAUAUUGUCACUGCUGAAAAGAAAGAUGGCGGAGCUACUAGGUUAAGUUAGAGGGAAAGGGGUGAGGGGACCAAUUAUCGACCGGAAACGAAUAACAAAUUAUUUUCACUUUUUUUUUAAUAGUGCAGGAGUUCCAACAGGAGUCAUUUUUCAUUUAUCAGUUGAGAAAUAAUGGAAGAAAAAUUACACCAAUCAGUUUUGACAGCACAUAUCGGUUUGACAUCUGUCAAAACAAAUUAAAUUUUUGUCAAACAUUUUACCGACAUUCUAAUAUUUGUUCAAUCGCAGAGUCUUCUGUCUUUUGCCAUUUUAACGCCAUUACAAAUAAUUUUCAUAGUUUAUGUUGUCCCUCUUUUUGGAAUCAGUCCGAGAAUCCGAUUUUAAAUUGAAAAAUAAAAAUAAAAUUUCAUCCUUUCAAGUUGAAGAAAACUCGUCUGACAGCAACAACAUUUUCUUGUCAAACAAUGUUGCUCUGAUCAAAGUGCGCGUUCAUCGCAAAAUUUCAGUAAAGAGGCCCGUUGGAAAAUUCAAUCUAGACUUUUGAGCUUAAUCCACCUAUAACUAAGCCAGAUUUGCUCAGAUCGCUUCGCGAUGUUGUACAAAGUUGAUCAUCAUAGAAAAAUCUAUAAACACAACUGGCAUGGAAUUUUAUUUGGUUCAAUAUUUGAUUUUCAGGAUUUUUUAAGGUGUUUCUAACGCAGUUUAAUUUGAGAUUUUUUUUUCCCAAAUUAAAAAUUUGCUAAUAGCAUUUUUCGCUAUUUUGUCUAAGAGUCUGAAAACAUAAGGCCGAAAGGAAGAUAGGUCAAAUUUAACCCUCUACUGCCCAAGUUGUUUUUUUUUCGAAAAUUUUAUUUUUUGCGUGUUGAGGAAGCCAUUUUGAGCAAUCUUUGUUUACAAAAAAACUCUAUUCCUCUUGUUUAAUGUAGUAUUUUAAUUUGCAUUUGUUUUGUUUGGUUAAUCUUUGCUUUCGGUAGUAUUUGGCCUAGAAUGGCAACAUUAUUUUUUUAAAUUGUAAAAAAAUGUGUAGAGGCAUAGCUAAAAUUACUUCAAAUAUAGGAAAUGUGACCAAUAAAUACAGCCAAAGUUGACCCCUUAAAAAUUACAUUCUAAAAAACAUUGGCAAAUUCACAUAAAACAAGCUCCAACCCUACAUUUUUUUUUAAAUUUUGAGAGUUCUUUAAAGAUUUUAAAGAUCAAAAAUUACUUGAAAAAUUGAUUUUGGCGAUUUUUUAGAUCGAAGCCCGUCUACAGGCGGGGAUGGGUUGUAGAGGGUUAACAAGAGGAGAGGGUCGAAUGCUUAAGGGUCGAAAAACAUGCGGUCGAAAGAAUGAUAGGUCGAAAUUGAACAAUUUAUUAAUUGGACAAACGAUCGAGAGGAAAAAGGUCUAGUGGACAAAUUGUCGAAUGCCAAAGGGUCGAAAAUCAUAAGGUCGAAAUUGAACAACUUAUUGAUUGGACAAAAGAUCGAGAAGACAACAGGUUGAGAGGACAAAAGGUCGAAUGUCGAAGGGUCGAAAACAUAAGUUCGAAAGGACGAUGGGUCGAAAUUGAACAAUUUAUUGAUUGGAUAAAAGGUUGAAAGGUCAAAAGGUCGAGUGGACAAAUGACCGAAUGCCGAAGGGUCGAAAAACAUAAGAUUGAAAGGUCGAUAGGUCGAAAUUGAGCAACUUAUUGAUUGAACAAUAGGUAAUAGGUUAUAAAGACAAAAGGUCGAGAAGAUCAAAGGUCGAAACCCUAUGGUUUGAAAAAUAUCUGGUAGAAUGGACGAUAGGUCGAAAUUGAACAACUUAUUAAUUCGACAAAAGGUCGAGUGGACAAAAGGACGAAAAACAUAAGGUCGAAAUUGAUUAACUUGUUAAUUGGACUAAAAAUCGAAAUAAAAAAAAAGUCGAAUGCCUUAGGGUUGAAAAAUAUACAGUAUGUAAAAAAAGUAUUUACACCCCUUGAGCACUAUGCACAUUUUGUGAUAAAACAUGUAAAAAAUUUAAAGUUUGACAGGAACCUAGUACUACGUUUUGUUCAGAAACUCAUGCCAAACAUUUUGCUAUAAACAGCUCAUGAAAAGAUGAUUUCUAUAAAAAGUUAUAUAACAAAUACUAUUACGAAAAUAAAAAAGGUGCAAAAAAAGUUUGUACACCUUUCGAAAAAUUAACAUAAAUAAUGUUAUUUGUUGACAAAUCACCAUAAAUCCAGUCUCCCAACUCCAAAUAGGCAUCCUUGACUGAUUAAAAAAAUAAUUUGGAUUGAAUAUAAAGUUUACUAACUACUUAGUAUAAAAGUUUAUAUAACUCUGGAAAUUCUAUAUAAAACUUAUCUAAACUUAAUUUUGCAAACUUUUAAUUCAACUAAAUGUCAAUAUAUUACCAUAGAAUUGCUAAAUAAACAUUUUGGAGUGGGUAUAACACCGUUUUGGGGGUAUUUGUAUCGAUAGAAUAGAUUUUUCGUUGGAAUUUCGUACCAACCCGGAAUUACGUCGUCGGAAAAUCCGCCGGCAUCCGAACCGGUCCACAAUUCUUAAGUCAACCUAUGUGGCAUCGGAAAGGGCAUAAAAUUUCCGAUCUUUUGAUACCCAUACAUCUAGGUUUUCUAUAAAACCCACGAUUUUAAAUACCUGGGCAAAAAGUAAGUUUGUUCCACGAGAACAAAAAUUACGAAAUUCCAUACAUUUUUGGCAGAUUGCUCAAACAAAACCAUAACAACGUUUUUACCUAGGUAUUUAAAAUCGUGGGUUUUAUAGAAAACCUAGAUGUAUGGGUAUCAAAAGAUCGGAAAUUUUAUGCCCUUUCCGAUUCCACAUAGGUUGACUUGUGAAUCGUGGACCGGUUCGGAUGCCGGCGGAUUUUCCUACGACGUAAUUUCGGGUUGGUACGAAAUUCCAACGAAAAAUCUAUUCUAUCGAUACAAAUACCCCCAAAACGGUGUUAUACCCACUCCAAAAUGUUUAUUUAGCAAUUCUAUGGUAAUAUAUUGACAUUUAGUUGAAUUAAAAGUUUGCAAAAUUAAGUUUAGAUAAGUUUUAUAUAGAAUUUCCAGAGUUAUAUAAACUUUUAUACUAAGUAGUUAGUAAACUUUAUAUUCAAUCCAAAUUAUUUUUUUAAUCAGUCAAGGAUGCCUAUUUGAAGUUGGGAGACUGGAUUUAUGGUGAUUUGUCAACAAAAAACAUUAUUUAUGUUAAUUUUUCGAAAGGUGUACAAACUUUUUUUGCACCUUUUUUAGUUUCGUAAUAGUAUUUGUUAUAUAAAUUUUUUUAGAAAUCAUCUUUUCAUGAGCUUUUUGUAGCAAAAUGUCUGGCAUGAGUUUCUGAACAAAACGUAGUACUAGGUUUCUGUCAACAUUAAAUUGUUUAGAUGUUUUGUCACAAUAUGUGCAUAGUGCCCAAGGGGUGUAAAUACUUUUUUUACAUACUGUAAGGUCGAAAUUGAACAACUUAUUGAUGGACAAAAGUUCGAAUGUAGGUGACCAAUAAAUCGAUAUAGAUAUUUCUUUUUUGUAUUUUUUUGUGUUUUAAAAUUAUUCAAGUAUUACAAAUAAUUCAACAUAUUUUGCUGAAUUUUCAGUCAUUUGAACUAUUAUUUUUCGCUUCCGAAUAUUUUUAUGAGUUUUUUCACUCUUUCAUACAUGACGGUAAGCUUGUUGCUGCAACAGCAUAGGGAUGUCACAAAUACAGAUUUAUCUGUAUUUUACAGAUUUUUUAGGUGAUUAGGUCAUUCAUACUUUGUAUAUGCCGAAAUACAGAUUUUAGGAAAAACCACGCAGAUUUACAGAUAUCCCAGGAUUUUAAUUAAAAUUAAAUAAUUUAAGUUUUUAAUUUGUUUUCAAUGUCUGAAUGAGCCCAGACUUAAAAUGUCAGGUUUCUUGGAAUUUUAACGCAUUAAAAAACGAUUUAUAAUAUUUUUUUGUCGAAAAAUUGCUCGAAAAUGUCAAUACAGAUUUCCAGAUACAUUAGGUGAUACAGAAUCUGUAUAUGCAGUAAUACAGAUUUUAAGAGAAACAUACAGUUGUACAUAGUUAUUUCCCCGAGUUUUGAUUAAAAUUAAAUAAUAUUUAUUUUUUUAUAAUUUUAAAGGGCUCAAUGGGCCCAGAUGUAAAAUUUUAGGUUGAAUGGCAUUUAAACGCAUUAAAAAAGAUUUACAAUAUUUUUUUGUUGAAAAAUUGCUCGAAAAUGUCAAUACAGAUUCCAGAUACAGAUUUUUGUACACCUGAUACAGAUUUUUGACCAUUUUUUAUUUUUCACCAGGAUUUAAAUAAAUAGGUUUUCGAUCAAUUGAGUUUUGAAUUUUUAUCUUAAAAAAUGUGUUUCAUUCAUGUUUUUCAAAGGAAAUAAAUUUUGAUAUUUUAAUUCGAUAAUAGGUCCCCUCCCCCUUUCAAAAACAAAACAAAAACAUUUCGCAGUAGAUACAAAUAAAGGGCGCCGACGCUGCUGCCGCCACGCGUAUUUGGCGAGAACUAGGAGGGAAGAAGCUCGCUCACACUUUUUAAACCAAUACAGAGACAGAAGAAAAUGAAGCCGAAUCAGAAGAAGACAGGAAUGAAGAAAAAAAACUAUUAUUUUAUACACAAUUAGCAAAUAUCGAAACAAACAAAUCAGAGCAGAGAAGAGAAAAGAAGUUAAAAAUCGCAAAGUGACUGUGUAAAUAGUUGUAUGUAUAUUAAUUAAACCAAUGUGGAUCGCAGGGCCGCGAAGAGAAGGUGAGAACGCGAAGGUCGCCAGAAUCGAAAAAGAAAAAUCACACAAAGCCGUUUUAAAUGUGAAUAAAACAAUUAAUAAAAACAAACAAACAAACCAAUUAUUAAAUGGGGCACAUUUUCGCUUCUUCAAUGUUGAAACAAUCAAAAGUCUGGUGUGUUUUAUUUUUGUUGUCCUUCGAACAAUUUCCGCACUUUUCUUUAUUAUUCACAGCAUUUAACAAAUUGUGGUCCUUUCGAACGAGAAUAUACACUUGUUUGUUGCACGACUGCCGUUGCUGCUGCUGCUUCUAGUAAUUGUUUGAUUGAUGAGUUUUUUUUUGCUAAAAUAUCUUCAAUAUACUUGUUUUAAUUGUUUUCGUAAAGGUACAGCUGGGGUUGGUUAACAAUUUUGUAGAACGCGUUAAAACACACAUAUUUAUCGAGUAAUAGCGAUAUACAAAGUGACGUCGAAAAAACACUUUCGGUAACUCUACCAAAUAAUUAUUGUCUUUUUUGGUUAUCAGAUUUCUCUUUGUUUUUCGAAUAACGUUCAUACUCAUUUAAAAUGCUGCCAAUCUACUUUAUUGUUUUGUUUUGUAACGACCAAUUUGAAACACACAAAAAAUAACAGCUGCACAUAGAAAGUUACAAUUGCGUGUGAGGACUUAUUUAUUUUUUCUU